UGCAAAAGAAAACUCAAUGUCAAAACAUUUAUUGACAAAAUUCGAAAGCCAACAUCGGAAUUGGAAUUUUAUUUUCUAAUAAUUAAUAAUAGUGACGAUGUCGUUGGUGAAAUUAUUUUCGCUUACAUCUAGAGUGCGAGCUGCAAACGCUAGCAGCUCCCUCGUCCGAUAUGCUUCAAGUUCUGAGGGAAAAUCUGAGAAAGUGUACCCACCUAAGGAUCCUGGAUUUAUCUAUGUUAAUGCUGAGGAACAGGACAUGAGUUUCAAAGCUAUGACUGACAGAGCAGCCCAGACGAUCUUUUGGACGGAACUCGCCCGUGGCUUUGCUGUGACACUGGCUCAUCUUUUUAAGGAACCAGCAACAAUAAACUAUCCAUUUGAGAAGGGACCUCUGUCUCCGAGGUUCAGGGGCGAACAUGCUCUGCGUCGGUACCCAUCUGGUGAGGAGAGAUGCAUCGCCUGCAAGCUCUGCGAGGCUAUUUGCCCUGCACAGGCUAUAACAAUUGAAGCUGAGGAGCGUAAAGAUGGUUCCAGAAGGACCACCCGCUACGAUAUUGACAUGACCAAGUGUAUUUACUGUGGAUUUUGCCAGGAGGCAUGCCCAGUAGAUGCCAUAGUUGAGGGACCCAACUUUGAAUUCUCAACGGAAACCCACGAGGAACUGCUUUACAACAAGGAGAAGUUGCUAGCCAACGGAGACAAAUGGGAGAGUGAAAUCGCUUCCAACAUUAGAGCAGAUCAUCUGUACCGUUAGGCGAAAUCAUUUCUUAGAAUCAAUAUUUUAAAAUGAUCUUGGAGAAUCUGACCAACUGUUAAAAUAUCUGAAAAUCAAUUGUAAAUAUCCAUUCUCCAAAAUCAUCUUAAAAAUUAGUCAUUUUUAAUUUAUGUGAUAAAUAAACAGAAGUAAUAAUGUUAAA